GCUAAACCCUGCGGCUGCCUUCGGCUUAACCAUCAGAAAAAGAACCCCAAAUCCGCUUAUCUUUUCCAGAUCUCUUCUAUAUACGCUGAAUAUUCCUUCGUUCAAAUUUAGGGCUUUCAUAUUUUAAUACUGAGUUGAAAAUUUCUCACCUUUUUCUUUCGAUUUUGUUUUUAUGGUACAGCAUUUCAUCGGUUCAGUAAUCUGUGAAGUUUAGCAGGCUAAUCUGAAUUCUGGGUACCUAGACUGGUGCUCUGGGGUUUUUCCUUUUCGAUUUUUGUUCAUACAGUUGAAAAAUUCUACUUUUUAAUCUUUUCUGGUUCGGCAUUUUGUUGGUUCUGUGAUCUGUGAAGUUGAGCAGCUUUUAUGCUAAUCUGAAUUCUGGGUAACUCAACUGGUCUUUUUUUGGUGUGUGGGUUUUUUUCCCUUUUCGAUUUUUGUUCAUAGAGUUGAAAAAAUCUCAUUUUUUCCUUUUCUCGUUCCGCAUUUGAUUGGUUCAGUGAUCUGUGAAGUUCAGCUUCUAUGCUAAUUUGAAUUCUGGGUAACUCGACUGGUCUUUUUCUGCUCUGGGUUUUUUCCCUUUUCGAUUUUUCUUCAUACAAAGUCGAAAAAUCAAAAGAUUCUCCCUUUUUUUACUUGAUUUUUUCUUUUCUGGUUCAGCAUUUUAUUGGUUCAAUGAUCUGUGUAGAUUAGCUUUUUCUGAUUGUUCUGGUUUUGCAUUUCAUCUGUUCAACAAACAACAACGUCAACAUACCCCGUGAAAUUCCACUAAGUGUGUGAUGGUGAGUUCCGAGAGCUUAAGUGGGUCUGCUGCACCACCAGCGAAGAAAUAUGGUGUCACAAAGCCAUUAUCUCUUGCUGGACCCACUGAGGCGGAUCUUCAAAGAAAUGCAGAACUAGAAAAGUUUUUGAGGGAAUCAGAAUUGUAUGAGAGCGAGGAAGAGACUUCAAGGAGAGAAGAAGUACUGCAGCGACUUGACGAGAUUGUAAAACAAUGGGUGAAACAAUUGACUCGCCAGAGAGGCUACACAGAUCAAAUGGUUGAGGAUGCAAAUGCUAUCAUAGUCACCUUUGGUUCUUAUCGUCUAGGGGUUCAUGGACCAGGAGCUGACGUUGACACAUUGUGUGUUGGUCCCUCUUAUGUCAAUCGAGAAGAAGAUUUCUUUAUCCUCCUCCAUGAUAUUUUAGCUGAAAUGGAAGAAGUUCGUGAACUUCAACCAGUUCCUGAUGCUCAUGUCCCUGUUAUGAAAUUCAAAUUUCAAGGGAUAUCAAUUGAUCUUCUUUAUGCAAGUAUAACUCUCUUGGUUGUUCCUGAAGAUUUCGAUAUCUCAGACCAAUCUGUACUCUAUAAUGUGGAUGAGCCAACUGUUAGAAGUCUGAAUGGUUGUCGAGUUGCUGAUCAAAUACUGAAACUAGUUCCUAAUGCUAAGCACUUCCGCACAACUCUUAGAUGUCUGAAGUUCUGGGCCAAAAGACGUGGUGUUUAUUCCAAUGUUACUGGAUUUCUUGGUGGGGUGAAUUGGGCUCUUUUGGUUGCUCGCAUUUGCCAGUUCUACCCAAAUGCAAUCCCUAGUAUGCUUGUUUCUAGGUUCUUCCGUGUUUAUACACAAUGGCGUUGGCCAAAUCCUGUGAUGUUAUGCCCAAUAGAAGAGGAUGAACUUGGGUUUCUUGUUUGGGAUCCGCGCAAGAAUCCUAAAGACAGAACUCAUCAUAUGCCAAUUAUCACUCCUGCCUACCCUUGCAUGAACUCUAGCUACAACGUCUCACCAAGCACUCUUCGAGUAAUGAUGGACCAAUUUCAGAUUGGUAACAAGAUUUGUGAGGAUGUGGAGUUGAAUAAAGCACAGUGGCCUGCUCUUUUUGAGCAUUAUUUUUUCUUUGAGGCGUACAAAAACUAUCUCCAGGUUGAGAUCGUAGCAGCAGAUAAUGAUGAUUUGCUAGCUUGGAAAGGCUGGGUGGAAUCCCGGCUUCGACAACUCACUCUAAAGAUAGAGCGGGAUACCAAUGGGACGUUGCAGUGCCAUCCUUAUCCUAAUGAAUUUGUGGACAUGUCGAAGCCAUGCCCACAUUGUGCUUUUUUCAUGGGUUUGCAGAGGCAAAAGGGUGUCAAAGUACAAGAAGGUCAACAGUUUGAUAUACGUGGAACAGUCGAUGAGUUUAAGCAAGAUGUAAGCAUGUACUCUUAUUGGAGACCGGGCAUGGAUAUCUAUGUCUCGCAUGUUCGUAGGAAGCAAAUUCCUGCUUAUGUCUUUCCUGAUGGAUAUAAGAGACCACGUCAAUCUAGAAAUACAACUCAGCAUACUCCUGAAAAAGAUGCCAAAGGGUGCAUGUCUCCUGAAGAAAGGCAUUCAAAGAGGAAGCAGGAAAUCGAUACAGUUGAUGUACAGUCUGAAAAACUGCCAAAACGCUCGUCUAUUAGUCCUCAAGAUAUAGGAUCUGUUUCUCCUGCAAGUGUUUCUAGUUGGUCAGGUGGAUCAUCACAGAUGAUCGUUCCUGAGGAGUCGCUCCAGGAGGUUAAGACUGCUGGCCUUCAGAACAGAAGUUCUGAUGAUAAAUCAAUAGGGGAUAUUGGUGAGCAGAAACCAUGCCUUUCUGAGUGAAGUGAAAAUUCCAGCGUGAUAGUUUAGAUAUCACCACGAUAAGGAAUUUGUUGGGAGUUGUAAAAGAAGGUUUUCUCGACCAGUCCAACAUAACAUUCUUCCGUAGCCAGGAGGCUCUUAGUACUUGUGAACAAUUUUCUAGAGGUGCCCCAGCUUCGCAGGUUAUGCAGGAUGACAAAAAAGGUGGAGGAUGAUGAUGAGCAGCUCGAUGGACCAGGUAUACAAACUUGAGGUGGGUGGUAUAUGAAGGAGUUGAAACGUGCUUGCAUUCCAAAAUUCAAAGCCUCUUGAGGAGUCUCUGUGAGUUUUCACUCACUUAUAGUGGCCGAUGACAGUGAGAGACUUGAAGCUAUGAGUCGUUGCAGGAUGAUACAAGCUUCACAGACCAGAUUUCAGUUGUGGGGAAUGGAUGUAGAAAAGAUAAUCGGAUAGUGCAUGUACUACACUUCAAAUCCAACAACAGGGGUUAAUGUCAGCACAACAUCCAAAGGCAGCAGCAACUCCAUCAAAUUAGCAAAAUCAAGAUUUUUUCCCCAGACACCAAAAAAUCAACAACAGCAAGAGAGCGUAGAACUAAAAAGCAGCACCAGAAUUUGCUAAGACUGAAGUGACCAAUUAAAGCAGCAUAGCUAUUGAGGUGACAAGUUUCAAAAUUUGAAUGAAAAGACUGAAUUUGUAAAGGCCACAUUAGCACUUUGUUUGGAAGGUUGUUUCAUAAUGUGUUUUAUUGUAUUGUAUUGUUUUGAUGAAUAUAAUAUUUGGCGAAAUUGUCUAAUUUUACGUU